UGCCGGCCUGCCACUGACAGACACCCGGCGGUCACCAGAGCAGAGAGACACGUGAGAAUAGGACCGCAUUUUGCAGAAGUUCACCGGUACGAGCUGCACUAACAAACGCAGGUGGUGUGAGACAUGGCCAGAGGAAGCCGCAGCCGUCCCUCAGCUCCAGCUAGCCCAGCUCCAUCUUAUGCUCCAGCUCCAGCUCAUCCGCCUCCUGCCUCCCUGGCCCCGGCUCCUGCUCAGUCCCAGGGUCCUGGUAUCAUGGCCCAGAUAGCUACUACAGCUGCAGGGGUGGCCGUAGGCUCGGCUGUGGGCCACGUUGUUGGCAGCGCUCUCACAGGAGCUUUCAGUGGCAGUGGCAGCAGCAGUCAAGAGCCCGCCAAGUCCUCGCACCAGGACCUUCCCCGGCCUGCUCCAUCCCAGCCAGUCCCCUGUCACUUUGAGGUCAAACAGUUUCUGGACUGUGCCAGUAACCAAACUGACCUGACUUUAUGUGAGGGUUUCAACGAGGCACUCAAACAGUGCAAGCACUCCCACGGUGUGACCUCACUGGUGUGAAGGACGGAUGUCACCUGCCAUGACCAACAGAUUUUAGUCAUGAGAGAUGCCACAUAAACACACCCACCCUAACUCACACACAAACACAUCUGAAUGCUGCUCCUCAGGCCAUCAGCAUGGUGGUUCUGUUUGUUUUGUUGGUCGAUGUGAAAUAUUUUUACAUAAUGGACAGUGACCUAGAUUAAAUUAAAUAAACACCUGUUAUCUAUUUCUGUUAAUAUGAAGUGUCUGUUUAUCUGAUACACCCUUUUUUUAAACACAAACUUUUCCUAAAUGCAAUGAUAAAUAUUUGUAUACCUCCGCAAUGGCCUCAAGGCGUAUCUCCUAAACGCCUUGAAGGAUUUUUUUCACAUUUGGCACCAACAUUCACUUAAACUUGGAAGGUCACUGUGGCUUCACAAAAUAUGUUUGUUUCACUUGAAUAUGAUAUCUGAAGAUCAGCUUGAGGUAAUAUCUUCAAAAUUGGUACAAACGUUCAGUUGGACUCAAAGAUAAAAUUAGAUUUUGGUGCCUGGAUGUCAAAGGUCACGGUCAGAGGGACCUUACGUUCAUGUCAAUGUAAUAUAUUAGGACUGCUUGCAGAGAAUUUUAUUAAAUCUGGCACAAUUAACUUGACGCAUGGAUGAACUGAUUAGAAUUUGGUGGUCAAAGAUCACUGACUUCUCAAUGUAAAUUGUGAAUGUAAAUCCCAGGAAUAUCUCAAGUGAAUUCUUUCAAAUAUGGCCCACAUGUUCACUUAUUCUCACUGAUAAACUGAUUAGAUUUUGGUGGUCAAAUGUCAUGGUGGCCUCAAAUAAAGAUGUUUUUGGCCUCUUGAA